AUGGACAUCAUCUUCUCCUUCUCCCUCAAACUUCCCUCUGCAACACAACCACGCAAUAUCGGCCAUGCCUUACAUAUAUGGGUGGAAGUUGUUUCAUAUCAGUUGCAAUGGGCUCAAACUCAUGAACUUACGGAAUACAUGCAUGUACCAAAAUUGCGCAAGCCUAUACGACCCGAAUUCGUGACCCAACUCAAAAUCCAGGCCGUCCAAAAGAACAUCCUCCAACACCGUCUCCUGCACCCUCACCUCAUCGUAGAUCAACGGCGACGGCGACCGAAAAUCAAAAUAGUCCUUGAGGAAGCACUGAUCCAACGGCAGACAGUCAUCCAUCAGCAACUCCUGCGGCGGCGGCGGAUCUUCAACCACCCUGCCCUUAUGAUCCUUCUCCUCGCCGGAGUUGGCUGUUUUCAGGUACCGCGAUUUAAGGACGGAGGUCGGGGAGGACAGAUUCUCCAACGACUCCUCCUCGCCGGAGUUGGUCGCCGCCCCCAGCGGCGGCCGGAUGAUGUUGGUGGUGGCGUCCGGCCCACGUAUCCGGAUCACUUCCCUGUCACCACGGCGGCCUCUUCCGCCGUCGCGAAGGUGCCCAGCCAGACCCUCGCCCGGAGCGCCGGAUCUCGGAUCUCCGCCGAGUACCGCCCUCAGGGCCGCCGCCGGACGCCGCGGUACUUUUUCUCUCUGCCCUCUGCCCCCGCCGCCGGAGAUGAAGACGGCUUCUUCUUCGCGGCGGCGGCGCUUCUCUCCUGCUGGCCACCUCUCCUGGUGGCGGGAGCUGCCGCCGUCGGCGGCGGCGGCCUCUCGGCCUCCACCCUGAUCUCGUUCACGUGCUUCCGCACGCGCCGGCAGUUGGCGUAG